AUGGAAACAAGAUUAUUGAUAUAUUUUACUGUAAUAGAUCCAUCAAUAACUUCUGUUGAAGAUUUAUCAAACGAAAUUUAUUAUGAAAUAUUUGAAUAUUUGGAUGGUGUUGAAAUAGUGAAAGCAUUUUCUAAGCUUAAUUCUCGAUUUCAACAACUGCUUCGUCCUUCAUCACUUUUGAUUAAAACUGAUUUUUAUUUGUUUCAUUAUGAAGAAAUGAUAAAUAAAGAUUAUGAUUUAGGGAUAUUCUCAACUAAAUUAUGUUCCAAUUUAAAAAUCUUAUCUAUUAGAUGUUCACAAAAUAUUAUUUUUCUUGAUUCUAAUCGAUGGACACAAUUAAUCUCACUUUAUUAUCCACAAUUAGAAAAAUUCUAUUUGACUUAUAAUGAUCGUAUCGAUAAUGAUAAUCAAUAUGAAAUGUAUUCUGGACAAAUAGAUCAAUUUUCUUCCUCAUUCUGGAUUGAACGCAAAUGGAUCUUUUAUAUUAGAAUUCAUAAUACAGAUAUUAAAUAUAUGAUUUGUCCAUACAAAAAAAUGUGGUUUGAUUAUAUACAAGAUAACAAUAAUGAAUAUUCUAAAUCGACAACUUUAAUAAUAACAAAUACUAAUAGUGAUUUAUAUGAUAAUAUGUUAUUAAAAAGACUCGAUCGUGUUUUAACUAUUACAAAAAUUUAUCAUUUAAAUAUUACUGAAAAAGAAUCAUCAAUUAAUAUGUUAGUUCUUUUGAUAAAAUCAUUACCUGAUUUAAUAACAUUCAAACUUCGUUCACUAUCGUCUGAUGAUACCGUAGAAUUUACUAUUAUGGAACUUGUCGAAUUCUUUUCAUUUACAGGUAAGGGUAAAGUUAAGAAAGUUUAUCUCGAAGUAAUCAAUGGUGAACGAGACUUUAAUAUUGUUCGAUUAUUUUGUCCAAACAUGAGAUAUCUUACAGUGAAACAUAUAUAUAAUAUGAACAUUCAAUCGUUUCUACGUACAAUUCUAAAGAAAAUAACUGCUAAUAGUAAAAUUCGUGUUCGUUCAUUAUGUUUCCAUAUACCACUAGCAGAUGAUCAAGUUGUUCAAAACUUACAAACAUAUAUUAGAUGUGAACAAUUACUCCUUCAAUUUACAAUUAAACGUAUACUUGAUGAUUACAUCAAUUUACAAUGGACAUGA